CGUUAUUACGUCCCAUUUAAGUUUAAAACCCUCUUUGGUUCUUCAAAAUCAAAACUUCAAAUCAAGUCAAUCCCUAAUUUGAAUUGAACAAACCAGUGCAGUGCAAUGGAGGUUCUGUACAGGAAGCUCUAUGACAAGUACACCAGACUAAAGUCUAACAAACUUUCUGAUUUGGAUCACCUCAACGAAGAACAAGAACUCAAAUUCAGAAACUUCUCGUCCGCUGCGGAAGAGUUGAUAGAGCACUUGAUGACCGAAAAGGAAGAGCUUCUUGGACAAGUUCAUCACUUGAGAAGCGAGCUCGCUUCCCUUAGGGCUGCCAAAGACAACCAGGUUGUUGAUUAUCAGAGGCUUUUGAUGGAGGAAACCCGCAAAAAUGAAGCUCUUUCUGAAGAAGUUGAGAAAUUGCUGAAGCUUCGCCAGGAAGGAACAUCUCAUGAUUUAAAUUAUAACAGUAAGAUCAUGACCUUAGAUGAUCAGUUUAAGGCUAACUACAGCUCAUCUGUAAGAAUGACAAGAAAACGUACAAGGCAGAAUGCUUUGGAGAAAGAAGCAAGGCUUAUAUCUUUUGAAAAUGAUCAAGCUAAUUCUGUGGAGAGAGAGUCAACUGAAAACACUUGCAAGGAGACCGCUUCUGGUAAGCUGCUGGAGGGCUGUACCAAGGCUAAUGAUCAACCAGGCAUUGAUGUACAGGAAAGUGGUCGUCGUAACUGGCUUAUUCAAGUUCUUUUUGAGUAUGCACUGGGCAUGAAAUUAUCCACUGACUAUCAAACUGAAGGAAUUUGCCUUUCUGCAGUGCAUCAAUCAAGCGGUUACUCCUUCAGUUUAUCGUGGAUUAGCAAAUCCCCUGAUGAGGAAGCAGAACUGCUGUACCAUGUUUUAUCUCUAGGUACAUUUGAAAGAGUGGCCCCAGAAUGGAUGAGGGAGGACAUCAUGUUCAGCCCUAGCAUGUGCCCCAUAUUCUUUGAAAGGGUAUAUCGUGUUAUCAAGUUGAACCACUAAUGUUUUUGUAGCAUUGAUUGCUUAUUCCCCCAAUCCUUUUGCUGUACGUAUCUGGCUAUGUGGUAUUUCCCUUUCAAAAAUAUCAACUUCCUCAAGUCAUGAUUGAUUAAACUAGUUCUGAUGUUUGCUGGGACCGUAUGUCUAGAGAGGGCAAGUUUUGUGCCAAUUUUCCGGUGAUAAUCUGGUCAAGUGAGGACAUGAGCAUACUCUAGGGAUCCGGUAUUACUAUAUCAUUUACUUGAACCGUUACAUUAUAUAAAUUUAAUUUGGUUGCACAUGAGCUAUGUUUCAUGGUCCUUCACUUGACAUGGAAUAGAGGGUUUAGGAAGAUCACUGUUAAA